UACGCGCUUCUCAAGCGAUUUUGGAAAUGCGACAUUCUCCAUUGACGCUUUCCUAAAAUUUUGAAGUUAAUCGCGUCUAUUCACUUAAAGGGUUAAAGAGAGAGAGGGGAAAAAAGCGAUUAACUGUGACAUCAAGCCUCUUACUUAUGUCUUUAAAAAGGAGAGAGGGAGACUUUCAGAGGUAAAUCUUCAGGUACUGAGACUCUGAGCAGAUGCGCGCCGACCUUGGAGUCUCCAGGCGCACAGCGCAGGAUUUUGCGCACUGGAAUCAAGUAGAGCUGAAGGAACGGUCUGCUUGACUGACCGCAGUCUCGUCACCAGCGGUACGGGACUCAUUUGGUAGAAUUUCACGGCGCACAGAGACAACUUCUUGCUCAAACCGCUCCGGAUUAAAAAGGAGAAAACUGUUCGGCGGGAUUUGAAACUUAGACAACUAAGUCGCUGUUUGAAGACGCCUCAUUAGAGGAAAUUCCAGCAUCGUGAGAGACGGGGACGUUUAAAGCGGAUUGUAGAACUCUUUGCUGGAUUGGACAGGAGGGAUUCCAGCGCGAGGUAUCUGUAAAUUUGCAGAACAGUGAUAUCAGCGAUGUUUCAGCGGCAUGCGCGUCUUCUCCUCUCCAAGCCUUUCAGAGAGGAUUUAACCGCCGCUCAUCUCGAAUAAAACUGACGAGUCGCUGAAGAUGAGAGCCCUGCAAACAUUAUUGUUGCUUUUUCUCCUGCACCAGGUCGCAUGCAGGAAAGUGCAUGGAGGCGCCACAGAACUCAUCGAGUGGAGGGACAGUGAUAACGAACAGAAGAUUUCUCCCACGGGGGUGAGACCACGGAUUCUCAACCCCCUGCGUUUGUUUGCCAAGGGCUCCCCCGAGCUCAAGAGCAACAUGAGGGAAAUGACAUAUUUACAGAACAUGGAGGACUUUUGGGACUGGUUAUCUAACCAGACAGAUGUUCAGGGUGCACAGGCCAGAACUAAACGCAGACCCAUCGUGAAGACUGGCAAGUUCAAAAAGAUGUUUGGGUGGGGGGACUUCCACUCGAACAUCAAGACGGUCAAGCUCAACCUACUGAUCACAGGAAAGAUCGUGGACCACGGAAACGGCACGUUUAGCGUUUACUUCCGCCACAACUCCACCGGAAUGGGGAACGUCUCCGUGAGCCUGGUGCCGCCUUCCAAAGUCGUGGAGUUCGAGAUCGCCCAGCAGUCGACACUGGAGACCAAAGACACCAAGUCGUUCAACUGUCGCAUUGAAUACGAGAAGACGGACCGCAACAAGAAGACCGCCCUGUGCGGCUUUGACCCGUCCAAGGUGUGCUAUCAGGAGCACACACAGAGCCACGUGUCAUGGCUGUGCUCAAAACCCUUCAAAGUCAUAUGCAUCUACAUUGCCUUUUAUAGUGUGGACUAUAAACUGGUGCAGAAGGUAUGCCCUGACUACAACUACCACAGCGACACACCUUACUCCUCCACAGGAUGACCUAGCUCUUAGCGUGCAGCAGCCUUUGGUUUCAUCUCCAACCGAUGUAAAUGUCAAAGUCUAAAGUCUCUGUCCACAAAACAACCCUGAACACCUGAGUCUGCUGAAAGAAAGUCAACUCGAUCAGGGCAAACACACUUCAAAUAUUUGGAUAAAACCUCUGUAAAUAUAGCAGUUGUAUCCAGAAAAGAAAAGAAAAAAACACAGACAGUUUGGUCUUUUGAGACUUGGUUUUAGGGGUUUGACAAAGUAAAAGGCAGCGCUAGCUCCCAAUCCUGCGUAAAUCCUCAUCACAACAGCACAUGUUGGCUGAUGUAAUUAGUGUGUUGUCCAGAUGUUUUCUUUAAGGCUAGACCAUGGGCAAAAUGUUGCACCAAUUAAAAGUGCAAACCUGGAAUCUGGCAGUGCUGGAGCCAAAAACCGUGUCACCUAAUUGAAAUAGUCAUUAUUUAACAUAUGACAAGAUUUUGAUUCAUCUUUAAAAAAAAUUAUCUAAAAAAACAGUUAUUUAAAAAGGCAUACAAUAAUGAAAUGUUUAUGUAAGGAUACUGUAUUACAAAAACAGAGAAUGGACAAAAAGUUUGCCUUUGAACUAGAGCGGAUAUCCAUUUGUGCAUUUGGAAAACUCAAAAAGGAUAGUCCUAUUUCAAAACGAUUCAAUAAGUGUCUCGAAGAUUUGAGUAAUUAUUAAUAUUUAGGAACAUCUUUUGCUAAAUUUCUUAUAUAUGUAUUAAAUAUGAUCAAAAUGACUUCAGUGUACACAUGACAAAAUACACAGAUCGAUUUACAGAUUUCUGGAGGUUUGUAAUACAUAUAAUGCACUGCAAACAUUCUCAUACUGCUUGACGUUUUCCACAUUCAGCAGCCUUGGAUCAAUUCCUUCUAGAACCUUCUUUCAAUGCAGCACCAGCUGCAGGUUUUUUGGAGUGUCUACUAGCUUUGCAAAUCUAGAAUUGUUUUUUCUGUGCUUAGAAUGUGCUUAGAGCAUUUCUGGACCUUGACUGAGGAUUUCUAACAUGAAUAUGCUGUGAUCCACGUCAUUUGACUCUAGAUCUGGUUAUAUGUUUAUUUCACUUGUCCUUCUAGAAGGUGAACCUCCACCCAAGGCCUCAUGUUUUUUUCAGCAUUGCCCAAUAUUCAUCUCCAGCCAUCUUCCCGUCAACUCUGAGCCGCUUCCCCACAGCAUGGCGUUGCCACCACCUUGUUUAAUAGUGUUAUUUAGGUUUCUGUCAAGAUGACAUUUUGCAUGUAGAUCACAGCAUAUUUUUUGUUGUAUAACCCUAAAGAGCUUCUGUCAAACUGUGCAUGGAACCUCUUAAGGUUUUAUUUCAAAAACGGCUUUCUUCUAAUUGCUCCUCCAUAAAGGCCAAAUUUGUUAAACUAAUAAUAAUAAAUCCUUUUCCUUUAUGUGGUUAACCUUAAAGGGGCAGGAAUGGGCUUGUGGUCGUCAAUCCAUCACACAAAGACACAGAGAUAAAUAAGUCAAGCAACCCUGCAUGCACACAUUCACUUCUGAGGGCAGUUUAGAGCAAACAAAUAACCUUAUAUGCAUAGUUUUAGACUGCAGGAGGAACCCAGAGUAUCCAUGCAAAACCCACACACAGCUGCACCAGCGUUCAGCCGAAUGCUAAUACUAAUAGUUUUAAUGCUUUUAACAUAUUCUCGCUCCUGAGCUGUGGAUCUCUGAAACCAGUUGCUAUGUUACCACUGGUCUGUCCUAAGUUUAUGUAGCAUCUGAAGCAAAUUGGUUGUGCUGGAUUUUUUUUUAGGGGUAUUGGAGUAAAGGAGACCAAAUAUAGAUGCAGACAGUACUUUUCAGAAUUCUUUCUAAAAACAAAAUACAGUUUCUUUCCUACGUUAGUUACGCACUGCUUUUUUAAGAUGCUACUUCACUCAAAGUCUCUAUAAAAUACACAAAUAAUGUGAGAAAAUGUGGAAAACUCCAAGGGGUAUAAAUACUUUUGCCAGGCACUAUUAUGCAUUUCAGGUCUCCUGUGUUGAUUGCCGCAAUUAUCCCAAGGCAUGUGUGUGCUAAACCGGUCUGAAAUCCAACAUCUGUGUUUGCAGGAUGCACUUUGAGGCAGCAGCCUGCCGAGCGAGCCAUGCAGUGGAUUAAUGUGUCAGGAGAGGAGAGGAGGGGGACGCAAUAAUUGCAGGACAGGUGGAUUUAGUGAGUCUGGCAGACAAUUAUCAGCACUUUGUCAUGGUCCUGCUACCAGCCCUGACAUUACCUGUCUUUAAUAGGCUUUAAUUAGCCUGGGAAUUUCUAUUCACCAAGAGGAGAGACUGAAAAAAGAAGGAAAAUGGGCAGAAGUUGUAAAAAAAAAAAAAAAAAAAAACUUGUCUCUGACUUCAAGAAGUGGGAAUGUAUUUGAAAAAAUAAAUAAAGAAAGAAAAUCUGGCUUUUUCCCAAAUGUACAGCAAGCCUAAGCUGGCAGACUUAAAGUGGAAAAGAAGCAGUUUAGCAGUACAUGGUGUAAUGUGCUUUGACAUUGCAAUCACCCAGACAGUUUUAAAAGGUUUCGUUGAAAAGCACCAUCACACGGAAAGCCGUAGAUUGCAUUGCUUGCACACAUGCCGGGUUUUAGGUUAGGGCAUGUGCCACAGAUGACACUGCAAUUAUUUCAGUCGAUGCUACUUCAUGGUCCCAUCAUCUGUAAAUGAUCCUGUCACCUUGUUGGUGAGGUGAGGUGUAUGAUAAACCAGAGUCAAUCUAGAGUGAAAUGAUAUUUUUAGUUUUACUCCUCGUGUCGAUGCUGUGUACCAUUUGUAACUACAACCAGACGUGUUUAAUUAUGGCUUCAAAGUAAAUGAUGUCAGUUUAUUUCUGUUGUUUUCCUUAGGGAUAUUUCACAAUGUGUACCCCUCCUCAUUUCUGGUGUUUUAUCAUGAUUACCAUGUACAUAAAUGUUUAAAUUAUUGCCAACUGUUACAUAUUGCUUUAUUUCCCCAUUUCUGUGUUUUACAUUGUUCCCGUUUUGAUUACCUGCUCGGGUAAACUUGCAUAAAAAUCUCUCCUGUAAAAUAGGGUAAAAACAAAUGUCAGUGUGUAGUGUGAUUGCACAUGUUCAUUUUCACAGGAAGUUCAUUUUGUUAACAUUUAAUGGUUGACGAUCACUUGAAAUCUUUAUGGCAUUAAACCUUCUAAGAAAUUGGCUCCCCAG